GCAGGCAGAAGCAGAUCCCGGAAGUAGAAACGGUUAGAAACGAGCUAACGUUAGCUAGCUUUUUGUUGACAGUUUGCUGGCUGUCAAACCACAGCUUGACCUCAUUUAAAGAAACUGCAGUCAGCUAACACGCUACGUCCCGACUUGUCCCAGCGACUUGUAUUAAGUCUCUUGCUUGUCUUGUUUAUUGACCGAAGUUUGGUUAACGUUUUUCGUCACUUAAAACCACUUGUGGAUCCUAAAGAUGGCAUCAAGAGGAGGAGGAGGAUUCACUCCGAUGGGUCUGAAUGUGAACCCCAUGAAUGUGGGGCAUGCUGCGGGCAUGAGGAUGCCAGGUAUGCCCCAACCACCGGGGGGAUACUCCCGGAGCAUGAACAACGUUCCCCAGUACCCACAGCGCCAAGGGAUGCCAUCUAACAGAGUUGGGGGCCCCAUGGGAUCUAUGGGGGGUCAGCUGCCUGGCCCUUCUUAUGGCAGUGGGAACAUGUCCAUGCGGCAAGGCAUGGGGCCUCCAGGCAUGGACGCUUCGAGAAAACGCUUUCUUCAUAUGCAUCAACAACAGCAGCAGCAAGAGGCGCUGGGAGGCCUUAGACGAGGGCCAAAAAGACGAAAGAUGGCAGACAAGGUUCUCCCACAGAGGAUCAGAGACCUGGUCCCAGAGUCCCAGGCCUACAUGGAUCUCUUGGCCUUUGAGAGGAAACUGGACCAGACCAUCGCCCGAAAGCGUAUGGAGAUCCAGGAAGCCAUCAAGAAGCCCAUUAUGCAAAAACGCAAGCUGAGGAUCUACAUUUCUAACACGUACACCCCCAGCAAGCCGGAGGGCGAGGAGGCAGAGAAAGUGUCCUCCUGGGAACUGAGAGUGGAGGGAAAACUUCUAGAGGAAACUGGCAAGCAGAAGCGGAAGUUCUCAUCUUUCUUCAAAAGCCUGGUGAUUGAGCUUGAUAAGGAGCUCUAUGGACCUGACAAUCACCUGGUAGAGUGGCACAGAAUGCCCACCACUCAGGAAACGGAUGGCUUCCAGGUCAAAAGGCCUGGCGAUGUGAAUGUGAAAUGCACCCUGCUGCUCAUGCUCGACCACCAGCCCCCUCAGUACAAACUGGACCCGCGGUUGGCUCGUCUGCUCGGUGUUCACACACAGACGCGGGCCAGCAUUAUGCAGGCUCUUUGGCUCUACAUCAAGAACAACAAGCUGCAGGACUGUCAUGAGAAGGAGUUCAUCAACUGCAACCGCUACUUCAGACAGAUCUUCGGCUGUCCCCGCAUGAGGUUCUCUGAGAUUCCCAUGAAACUGGCGGGCCUGCUGCAGCACCCUGACCCCAUCAUUAUCAAUCACAUGAUAAGUGUGGACCCCACGGAUCAGAAGAAGACAGCAUGCUAUGACAUUGAUGUGGAGGUGGAUGACCCACUGAAGGGCCAAAUGAACAGUUUCCUGUCCUCUACAACCAACCAACAGGAAAUUGCUGCGCUGGAGGUGAAGAUUCAUGAAACGAUUGAGUACAUCAACCAGCUGAAGACUGAGAGGGACUUCAUGCUGAGCUUCAGCAAUAAACCUCAGGACUUCAUCCAAGACUGGCUCAAGUCUCAGUGCAGAGAUCUGAAGUUGAUGACUGAUGUGACAGGAAACCCAGAGGAGGAGAGGAGGACUGAGUUCUACGAGGGGCCCUGGGUACCAGAGGCUGUGGGAAGAUACAUCUACUCCAAGGUGCAGCAGAGAAGACAAGACUUGGAGCAGGUGUUGGGAAUCCGUCUCACCUAAAGACAUAUAACAGAGAUGUCAUGGCCGGCUUCAGUUAAUUCAUAAAAUAUAUACUUGACUUAAUCAAAAUUGGAAUUUGCUUGGAAAUAAAUAAGCUACUGUUGCAGCUUAAAUGUUCAAAAAGCCAUCCUCAAUGACAUGGUAUAUGGGAAACAUAUAGGAUAGUAUUUUUAAAUCAACAAAGUAUACUGGACCAAAAUAAUUAACAUUUCCUUACUUCUGUGUUUACUUUUUCUGUCAUUUUGAACCUGUUCAAAUAAUCGUGCCUUUGUUUUGCAACAUGUUUUGUUUAUGGUACAAUAUGCUUCAAAUGCUUUAAGCAUUGGUGCUGUGUCGGUGUUUUUCACCCUCACAUUGUGAGCUAUUUUAGAAAGGUUGUCUGUUUACCAUUUUAAAAGCCAUAACCUUAAAUGAGGAACAAUGCAAAAUAUAUGCAUACUGAAAACAAUGUACACCAGAAAUAUAUGUACAUAUUUCAAAAGUGUGUUUUGAAAACAUUGGUUAAUUCCCUUCAGAAAAACGUAGGACUUCUUACGUUGUUUCAUGACUUGGAUGGGAACUUUGAAUGCCAACAAUAAUAAUUUUAAGAGCUGUUUUUUGUUAUACCGAUGGAUAUGCAAUUUGAAAUAAAACAUUUAUUUGCCUUCUAAAAUAGGCAGACUUUUCAGGUAAGCUCUACUAUGAGAAACUGUUAAGCUUAUUUGAGUCCUCUCUGUCCAGCUGUUAUUCAUGAGCUCUCUUUGUAUACUUUUUCGAUGUUUACAUGCUGUUCUGGUUUAUUAUUGGGGUUGUUGGGGUUAUUGUUUAAUGCCAGGAAAAGGAACUGUUGCCUUCUCUUUGGAUUGAAGUGUUUCUUCUGGAAGAUCCAAAAGGUUGACUGGUAAAAUAGGAAUGCAAUUGUACUGUGCCAACUAAACAAUGCAUCAGAUUGUUGAAUAUAGUUUGUAGUUUCUGAAAGUAUCUUUUCAUUGAAAUGCAAUUUUGUUAAGGUUUUGUAUGAGGGUCUCUUUAAACAUUCCAUAUUGCAGUAUCUCUGUGCCAUAAGUUGCUUUUUGAAAAAUGCACUUCAAAUUUGAGACAUUGUGUACACAUUUUUGUUUGUACUGCUUCUUUUGUAAAAUGUUUGCAUGUUUUGUAUCCAUCAAAAGCCUUUAUCAUUUAUACAUUUUUGAUAUUUUUCACAAUAAAUAUUCCUACCAAUG